AUGUCUUCCACAGCCACACAACCUGUAGAAAGAUUCUACUUGCAACCAACCACCUACUCACCCAACAGCCCGCUACCAGUCCUUGUAUAUCGGAACGUGCUUCCUCAGCCGCAUUCAGAGAGUACAACUACGGAGUUCUUGGAGGGGAAUAACUGGGAGAGGAGGGGAACAUUUGGCCACAUCCCAACACCCCAUUUCCAUCCGAAUACACAUGAGUGCUACGGGAUAUUCCAAGGUUCGUCCACGCUGCGCAUUGGCAAAGGAAAACACGACAGCCACAGCGCAGGCAUCCUUAUCCCCGUCACAGCCGGUGACGUCAUAGUCCUCCCGGCAGGAAUAACGCAUAGCUGCGUCGACAGUAUAGAUUACCGCUACGUGGGCCUUUAUCCAAAGCUCCCCCACUGGCGCAAUGAAUUCGGCAAAGAGCCUAUCGAUCUAGUUGCGGUACGCAAAGAGACUUCUGCGGUGGAAAUGCCAGAAGCAGAUCCCGUUUAUGGAACGGAGGGUCCGUUGGUGUUGUGGUGGGCGGAAGAGGCUUAG